AAACUAAGCCUAAAUCAAAUCAAGUUGCGACUAUCUUGAAUCUCGAUGACGUCGAUUUGAUAUUUUGUUGUUGUCUUAGCCGGUUCACUAUUUUGAAACCAGGUGUUUUACUUAUCCUUAGUGUUUUACUAUGGCCCCAAAAUUAACUCCCACACCUUUAACGUCCCUUCGUGUCUCUCGUCACUUUAUCCCAGCGCACGGGCUUAUCCCCAACACCAGCAUCCAAAAUAAACCUCUAUUACACUAUCACGAGGCCUUUCCUCCUUCUACACUUACUGCAUCAGCUAUAGAGUCCCAUCUCACAACAGUCGGUGUCGUGGAUCCUCAGUGGCGGUAUACUAUGUAUUCCACCACCCACUUUCAUUCUACUACGCAUGAGCUAUUAUGUAUUAGCAGCGGAAAGGCGAGGCUUUGCUUCGGCGGCGAGGAUAACCCCGGAAAGGUGGAAAAAGAGGUUCAGAAGGGUGAUGUAUUGGUCGUGCCCGCCGGCGUUGGGCAUAGACUAUUAGAAGAUCUUACAGGCGGGUUUGAGAUGGUGGGCUCCUAUCCCAAGGGUUACAACUGGGAUAUGUGCUACGGCAAGAAGGGAGAAGAAGCUAAGAUACAGAACAUCCAAAAUCUGCCGUGGUUCGAGAAAGACCCGAUCUAUGGAGAUAAGGGACCCGUGCUUGAGAAUUGAAACUUUGAAAAAGUGAUAUCUAUAUUGUCUACCUAAUGGCACAUUUACUAUUGAACUUACUGCUUUGCCCCAAUUGUAAAUGAAAUAUUGGUGUUUGCCUGUGGCAAUGGCUGUGCAUACCGGGAACCAACGAUUAAGUCGAAGACCAGAUCAAGGGAUCCAAAACUUUGGGAGUAUAUACCUUUUCCGUAAGCUGAUAAUGAUUCGA